CUUGCUUCGCGCGUGGCCACUAAUUGUCCCCGCCCGCCCUGAGACUCUCUGUGUCGCUCGCUCGGCUUCCACUGACGCAGCCGGAUCCUCUUUCCAACCGACGUCUCCUUGUCCUCACUUCACUACCGCCGACCUUCGCGUCUUCUUUCUACCUUUAUCCCUCCCGCUUACCGUACUCAGCGCCGAGAAAACACACUCCAGCUCAAGAGGGCACACGCAAGUGAAAGGAGAGCGUUCCAAUUAGCCCGUUUGCAUUGACGCCGGAGAGGAUCACCCCACUUUCCAACGUUCAUCGACGUAUAGACCUAAACUUCCAAAAAAGGGUUCCUCCUCUCUCGUCACCGAUCCUCAAUAGCCUUUUGUCGAGAUGUCUGUCGACCUCAACCCUCACGUCCAACUGGGCUUCCCUCGGCCGCUCACGCAGCUUGUCAAGCGCUCGCUGCAGGUGUCGAACCCGAACAACCAGCCCGUCGCCUUUAAGGUCAAGACGACUGCCCCCAAGCAGUACUGCGUUCGGCCCAACUCUGGCCGUAUCGAGCCUGGUGAAAAAGUCGAGGUUCAAGUCCUGCUUCAGCCCAUGAAGGAGGAGCCUCCUACCGCAGCCAAGUGCCGCGACAAGUUCCUUGUUCAGUCGACCAUCAUCACACCGGAGCGCGAGACGACGAGCCUGCAGGACAUCUGGGGUCUUGUCGAGAAGGAGGACAAGAGCGCGAUCCACGAGCAGAAGAUCCGGUGUGCCUUCUUGCCUGCCACUACGGCUCCGGUCCCCGAGGAGGGCGAGGACGGUAUGGGCAGCUCGAUGAGCAACGGUGGCGGCGACGAGAAAUACGCUACAGUUCAAAACGGCUACAACCCUGUGGCGGCCGCUCAAAAUGCUUCUGCCAACACCGACGGAACUUCGACUGAAAAGGCCCGUGCUGCCGCUGUCGCUGCCGGUGGAGCUGCUGCUGCCGGUGCUGGAGCUGCGUAUGCCGCGACAAAGAACGCUGGCGCCCGUGCCGUUGGGUCUGCGCAACAGACAGCGAGUGGUGGUGCUGGAUCGGCCGAUCUCAGCGAGAAGAGCCAGUCCGAGCUGCAAAACGAGGUCAAGCGACUCCAGUCGCAGGUCGAGUCGCUCAGGAAGCAGGCCGCAGGUGCGCCGGCGUCUGAGGGCGUCCCGGUCCACAUUGUCGCCGCUAUCUGCUUUGGCGUCUUUGCAUUCACCUACCUCUUCCUCUGAGCGAGGCGAGCCGGCACAGUCACAUCCCCUUGAGCCGGACAUUUCGUUUCCUUCUUCGGCGCAGGGCUCAGGACCUCCUGGCACCGGUAGCGACAAGAUCGUCAACGACAUUUCGUGGCCUUUGACUUCUGAUAUCUCCACUCUGGCUUUUCUCGGUAGUGACGACGGCUGCACUAACACGCACAUCCACGCUCAUUUCCUUUUCUUCCUGAGCGGGCCUUGCUUUCUGCGUCAAUUCUUCUCCUUCCGCGUCUAGCUUUGUCCCCCCCUCUUUGUCAUUCCCACAUUUCCGCUUUUGUGGCCUUUUGGUCUUUCCAUCCA